UGGGGUCACGUGACAGUGACGUCAUGCCCUAGGCGGGAGAUUCAAGAUGGCGCCUACAGGAAGCUGAGUCAGACUUCAGCAAAUAUUUGUAAAAAGAAUCGGAAGAAUGGGGUUUCUUGCAUGGUACCAGUUACCAGUGCUGGUGGCCAUCGCGUGGCUCGCGUAUCAGCGGCAAGUAUUGGAGAAAAGUGCUCUUCACGACACCUACACGACAGACGACGACAAGCCUUCCGUGUCCUGCCCCGACUCGACCCUCCAUGCUCGGACGGCAGACGGUAGCUGUAACGACUUGGACGACCCGACCAUGGGGAUGCGCCUCUACCGCUUCGGCAGGAACGCACCCAUCGAGAAAACCUUCGUCGACAACAAGAACCUCCUGAAACCGAACCCACGACACAUCUCCAACAAGUUGUUCAAGAGGGAAGAGUUCACUCCCGCUACCUCUAUCAACCUCUUAGCGGCGGCCUGGUUACAGUUUCAAACACACGACUGGUUCGAUCACGGUCUUAAUCAGAGGGACAAUCACAUCUCUGUUCCCUUGUUCGAAGGCGAUGAGUUGCUGAGACGUGGAGUUCAUUCGCUGAAAGUUUUCCGGACUGUUUCUGAUCCGUCUCAAAUGCAAAAGGACCGCCCGAAAACGUUCCGCAACGCCAACACCCAUUGGUGGGACGCCUCGCAACUCUACGGAAGCGAUGCGGAAACCCAACUGGCUCUCCGAGAGAUGAAAGACGGCAAGUUGAAGGUCACGUCAAGUGGAAUGAUACCUCUAGACGAAAAGACGGGCGUCGAAAAGACCGGAUUCUCCAACAACUGGUGGGUGGGGCUCAGCAUGCUACACAACCUGUUCACGCGAGAACAUAACGUGAUCUGUGACGUCAUGAAGGCAAAGUACCCGGAUAUGACCGACCAAGAACUCUUCGACAAAGCUCGGCUCGUCAAUGCUGCUGUGAUGUCCAAACUGCACACUGUGGAGUGGACCCCUGCUCUUCUGUACAACGACAUCUUGGAUGUGGGAAUGAACAGCAACUGGUUCGGACUUUUGUCCCAACUGGGAGGCUUUGGAAACUUCCUUAAACGUAUUUUUCCAGAACACUAUAUACUGACCGGAAUCCCAGGAUCCGCCAAGGAACUACACGGCGUGCCGUACUCUCUUACAGAGGAAUUCACAGCAGUAUAUCGCAUGCAUUCUAUUCUACCUGACAUCAUCCACUUGCAAGACAUAAAGUCGGCAAAACGUACUGGCGAGACUUACCGCUUGAAAGACACUCUCUUUAGCGAUGCAUUCAAAGUUGUGGAGAAACAGGGCAUGGAAAACCUCUUCUACCAUUCGGCGUGGAGAACCCGGGCGCUCUUGUUCUCCACAACUACCCCAACACCAUCCGGGACCUGCAGCUUCCCGAGACGCAGAACGCGGAGUAUGUGGACAUGGCAACGGUGGACGUGCUGAGGGAUCGGGAACGUGGCGUGCCGCGCUACAACGAGCUUCGGCGCCACCUCAACAUGGCCCCCGCCGAGACCUUCCGGGACAUCACGGACGACCCGAAGGUUGCCGAGGAGCUGGAGGAAAUGUACGAAGGAGACGUUGAAAUGGUUGAUCUCCUAGUUGGCUGCAUGGCGGAGAGUCCUCGCCCCACCGGGUUCGCCUUCAGUGACACAGCCUUCCGACUCUUUCUCCUGAUGGCGACUCGGCGUCUCCAGGCAGAUCGCUUCUACACGGACUACUACAAUAGUGAUACGUACACUCAAAAAGGUUUAGACUGGAUUGAGAACGCGACGAUGUCGUCCAUUCUUCUGCGACACUUCCCGAGCCUGGAAGGCGCGCUACGCGGGGUCACCAACGCCUUCCGCCCGUGGAAACUGCAGCAAGACCCCGCUGACUCGUCUGGACUAGUUUCGCCCUCUGCUGACUGAAGAGCACGAGAAUGACAGUCUUCCAUUGCUGACCGGAAUCUUGAAAAGUUGAUCAAGGAGAAAUCAAAUAUAUGUUAUACGUACACCAAAUACUUUCCUGUUCACCUUAGUACUAGACAGGAAUUUACCGAUAGUAAACAAACGCAGCUCUUAAGAUUUGAUGAACAUGAUAAUGUAUUGAUUUGCUCCUUUCUGUUUUAUAGUUAGUUGUGUGGAAUUGCAAAAUAUAGUCGAAAAUAAAACCGCAAGUCAAUUGUACCGAUAGUAGAACAACGCAGCUCUUACUUUGGUCCGUUUUAUUUCUAGUUAAAAAGUGAAAUUAGCAUGGAGUUGAAUAUUUCAGUGGAAACUAAAGCCACAAUUAUUGUUUUUAGCUUUGAAUGUAACCUAGAAUGCAGACUGCUCUAUGUCUAGUAGAGGUCGCACAAAGGAAGCUCAAUAUCGAUAAUGAGCCUCCUAGCGACGAGUUGUGGGAUUGCAAAAUCUUUCACCGACUGACUCUAUGCACUGUUUGUGUACAAUGCAUAUCAAAGAAAAUGCAUUACAUGUUUUAACAAUAUAUGAUCUCUGAACUAAUUAAAAUUGAUAGAUUUAUCGCUUUGUCUAUUUUUUCAAUGUCAGUGUGAUAGAAAAAUCUCAUGUGUUUCAAUAAUAAAUCGUUUGUGUAGAUG